AGGUGUUUAUUUUGGCUGUUUUUGUACAAUUCAUAAGAAAAUUAUUACGUGACUUUACUAUUCAACUCUUGGCUUUUGGAAUAACAGCGAACACAAUUUUCACGAACACACCCUGGAAGCUGGAGUCCAGUGGGUGCUAUAUACCAUAUUAUGAGAACGGAAAAGCAUGGUUGUGCGAAGCGCUUGCCAUGCUCGCAAGCAUGGCAACCUGGAUUUACGCCCUCGCACUGAUAUGUAUCGCUUUUCUACUAUGCGGAAGUGGCGCGGCAGACAGCGGCAAGGCGGCCCCCUGCCCGGAGCCGCUGUACGAGUGCCCCAGCGCUAACGUCACCUACCACCUCUACAUGCCCGGGAAUCCGGACCGGCCCCCGAAGGAGGUGGACGAGUCUACGGCGGGCUCGGUGCGGCUGUACGGGCUGGCGCUCAAGGUGCUGGUGCAUGACUUCGGCGGCGGGCCGGACGACACCUUCAACAGGAUGCUGCGCAGCGCGUACCUGUCCCGCGGCGGCACGGCGGUCCUCACGGUGGACUGGUCGUCGCUGGCGGCGCACCGCUGCGGCCGCAAGUUCGCCGAGGCGCAGGCGGAGCUGGUGGGGGCGUGCACGGCACGCCUGCUGUCGGCGGGGGCGGAGGCGGGGGCGCUGCCGCCCGCGGAGCGGCUGCACGCGCUGGGCGCCGGGCUGGGGGCAUGGCUCGCGCUGGCUGACUCCAGCUAUAGUACUGUAGCGUCACAAGGUGCUAAAGGCAUUGGACUAGAGCGGAUUUCAAGCAAAGAGUUACUUGAGAGCAGUUGGUGUUUGGGAGCACCUGUGUGUUGGAGAGAGGUGCAGGGAGACGGUGUGGCGUGUUGCGCAGACCCCGGCAAGUGCUCGCACGAGCUGGCGGCGGCGUACUUCGCCGAGGGCGUGUGGCCGGGCCCCGGGCUGCGAGCCGCUCCCUGCGGCGACGCCUGCCGCCGCAACAUCUCGCUGCCCGAGCUGCCGCCUUCGGAGGCGGCGCGCCUCGCCUCCUACACCGUACCCGUCGGCGAGGACCUGCCCUUCACGGCGUCGGGGCUCCUCUGCGCAGAGGCCUACUCGCGACCGCCGUUUGGGAGGCAGAAGGGCCAGGCUGGAGGCCUCUUCGGCGGUGGCGGCGGCCACCUGUGUUGGGCGAUGAGCGGCGCACUGCUGCUCUACCUGCUGUCCAGGGCGCUGGCCGGCCGGGCCGAGCAGCACCAGAACUAAACCCCUGUGUUGUACUUGCAAUAAACACCUGUCAUCU